AUGGAAGAUUAUUUCUCUGAUAAUGACCCCGAUAAGGUGACGGAUUACCUGAAAAAAAAAGGGUUCACCAAAACGGAGGCCGUUUUCCGGCAAGAAACAGCACAUUUGGGACCAGAUGGCAGACCAGCUCAACGCAACGAUGACCCGGGUCCGAAGAAGUACCUGAAGGCAUUCGCAUUGCUCCGAGACUGGGUCGAGAAUAAUCUCGACAUAUACAAGUUUGAGCUGCGAAAGCUUCUCUGGCCCCUGUUCAUAUACUCGUACAUCGAGCUCAUUAACCAAGGGUACAAUGACGAGGCCAAGCAACUCCUUGGUGCCCUCAAGCCCCAGUUCGAGGCUGCACACAAAGAUACCCUCGAUCUGCUGGCCAAAAUAUCGCUUCCCCAGCACCUGCGGGAGAACCAGACCACCAGGCUUUACCGGGAGAACAAAUACCGUAUUCCGCUCAACCAGUCUUUGUCGGGAAAUCUUUUCCACUUCCUCGAGCGGGAGGCAGACUCUGGCGGCGCUACGGUUACCUACAUUCUCCAGACGUACUGCCAUGUUGACGUGAGUGCACGGGGUCCGAUCGAACCCUACAGCUUCGAGGCCAUCCUCCGGAGAGCUCAGAACCUCGAUCUUGACGAAAUCGAUGCCCAAGAAGGCAUCCCCGGCGUCUUUACAGGCGUCUCCAACAAAGAUAUACUCGAUGCUGGGGCACCGUUGAAGCUAGGACCGUUGCCGAUGGAGGCCGAAUUGAGAGAUGACGUCCGUGCAGAGCUCGAGGAAGAAGACCAAGGACGCCCGCCAGCAGACGGUCGUCCCACACUCGUUGAAGAGUUCGACCGCAAGAUCAAGCGUGAGGAUAGUGCGGAUGUGCCCGCACGAGCUGACUUGCCACUUCCGGCCUCUCGUGCGAGAGACGUCGUCAUGGAGAUGCAGAAGGUCCGCGAAAACCGAGACCGCUUUCAGAUCGAGGGCCGAACCGGGGGCGUUGGCGUUCCUGUGUCAGCGUGCAUGUUCACAUUCCACAAUACUUUGGGCAGUGUUUCGUCCAUAGACUUCUCGAACGAUCACCAACUGGUUGCAAUCGGGACUAUGGACUCAUAUAUCCGUGUCUGGUCUAUGGAUGGUAAGCCGCUGAAGUCUUCGUUGGAGCACGAGAAGAACCUCGUAGUCAAUAACCGAAAGCUCAUCGGACAUUCUGGUCCGGUUUAUGGCGUCUCCUUCUCGGAUUCAAUUACCAAUCUAGACCGUAAUGUCUACGGAGAAGGCGGAACUACGAAGCCAGACACAAGCACAAAGCUCCUUCUUUCAAGCUCCGCAGACGGUCAAGUCCGGCUCUGGUCGCUUGAUGUGUGGGCGUGUCUCUGUGUGUACAAAGCACACGACGGACCGGUUUUUCGGGUUCUAUGGGGUCCUCACGGCCACUACUUUGCUACUGCAGGAUGGGACAAGACUGUCAGAGUGUUUGCUCAAGACCGUGCGUCGGCACUACGCAUCAUGGUCGGCCACGAUACCAGCAUUUCUGCCAUUGCCUGGCAUUCCAACGGAACUUAUGUCUUCUCGGCCUCGGAUGAGAUGGACAAGUCGAUUCGCAUGUGGUCGGUAACUACCGGAAACUGCGUUAGAGUCUUCACUGGCCACACGGACUAUAUCAGUUUUUUACAGUGCUCACCGAACGGCAAGAUCUUGGCCAGUGCUGACACGGGAGGCAACAUUAUCCUUUGGGAUAUCGAAAAGGGCUCACGUAUCAAGCGCUGCCGUGGCCAUGGAAAGGGCGGUAUACCGUCUAUGCAAUUCAGUGCUGAGUCGAGCGUCCUCGUUUCAGGUGGCCUGGAUGGUACGGUCCGUAUCUGGGAUGUCGAGCUGCCAAACGACCCUGCGAAGGCAAACCCUCUCAUUGUUGGCCCUCCUCAGGCGGGUCAACAGCCCGACGGAGCGACUGUGGCCGGUGAUACUAUCGCAGUGGCCGGAUCUUCAGAUGGACGGAACAUCACUGUCGGCGGCCAAGCAGCGCCGAUGGCUGGCGCUAGCACUGCGGCAGCCGGUGUGGGUGCUGGUACUGGCACAACUGGCAAGAAGAAGACGAAGGAAGUGCAGAUCACCCCGGACCAGAUCAGCGCCUUCGCAACGAAGAAGACGCCAGUGAUGAAGGUACAGUUCACGCGGAUGAACUUGGUGGUUGCGGGCGGUUGCUAUGACCCUGAGCGCUAA